GGCUCAAGAUUUAGCUUGAAGUUCCAGUGAAGCUAACUUUGGCCUUAGCUUAUGGUCAUUCCUACUGUCAGAGGGCCCUAUGUGUGGGCGUUUCUAGCCUUCUCCUCCGUGCUGCAUUUACUGGAGCAGUACUUGGAAUGGCGGCAGCUCCAAAAGAACAGCGAGACUGCCGUGCCCGAGGAGUUCAAAGGGGUGGUGGACGAGGCCAAGUUUCUGGAGUCGCAGGCCUACCAGAAGGACAAGCGUCUCUUUGGCUUCAUCAGGGAUUGGAUCAGCUUCUUUUUUGACAAGGUCCAGCUGUUCCUCCUCACGCCCCUGCUUUGGCACUACGCGGUGAGUGUCUUUGGCGAGGAGGCAGAAUACAGCUGCACGCUCUUCUGGCUUUUCCUGAUGCAGUGGGUAGAGAAGCCGAUCAGCAUCCCCAUCUCCCUGUAUUCCAAUUUUGUGGUGGAGGAGAGGCACGGCUUCAACAAGAUGACUGUGAAGCUCUUUUUCACAGAUCUCAUCAAAAGCGAGCUCUUGGCCUAUGUCUUCGGCCUCUUAUUAGUGCCAAUGCUGAUUUGGAUUGUGCGGUAUUUCGGAGAAGGCUUCUACUUGUACCUUUGGGGUGCGGUGCAAUGCCUUAUACUGGCCUUCAUGUGGAUUUACCCCAACCUCAUCCAGCCGCUCUUCAACGAGUUCCGGCAGCUUCAGGAUGCCGACCUCAAGGCAAAGAUCGAAGCCUUAGCUGCGGAGGUGAAUUUCCCGUUGACCAAGCUCUUCGAGAUCGAUGGGUCGAAGCGAUCCGGCCAUAGCAACGCCUACUUCUUCGGUUUCUGGAAGUACAAGCGCAUUGUUCUCUACGAUACCUUGCUGCACCUGAAGCACGAUGAUAUCCUCGCCAUCUUGUGCCAUGAGCUAGGCCAUUGGAAGUUCGGGCACACAUUGAUGAACUUGAUCAUCGCCUCGGUACAUAUUUUUGUGAUCUUUUGGCUCUUCAACCUCGUGAUGUACUCCCAGAUCUCCAAGCAGAUGACUCGGGAGUUUGGCUACGGAGAGACAGAUGCAGUCAUGGUAUCGCUGACGCUUUUCAUGCUGCUGCUGAGCCCUUCAGAGCAAGUCAUGAGCCUGCUGAUGACUAUGCGCAGCCGUGCAAAUGAGUUUCAGGCAGAUAGCUUUGCUGCCAAGAUGGGCCGAUCUGAGCCGCUACAGAGCGGGCUUUUUCAGAUUCACGAAGAGAACAAGGGUGAUCUGAAUCCAGAUCCAUGGUACUCGUGGUACCACUUCUCGCAUCCACCCUUGGUGGAACGCCUGCGAGCGUUGAGGGCAUUGGACUCGGAGUCCAAGAAAGACACGUGAGGCGCCUGCGAGGUGGGGCAAAUUCAAAGCAGCGCCGGUGUGUUGCA